UACUCGAAAUAUGCAAAAAGUAUUUAGUUCAACAAUUGUUUACUUGUUUGUUUAUUUUUGUUUUUGAGGUCAAAAUGUGGAUUAGAAGUUUUUUAAUUUUAUGCUUAAAUUUUAUUGGAGCAAAUGCAUACAAGCCAGUGGUAAUACUUCAUGGAAUUCUGUCUGGUGCUGAAUCCAUGACACUUUUGGUGCGACAUAUCGAAAAGCUGCAUCCCGGUACAGUUGUGUACAAUUGCGAUAAAUUCGAUGGUUGGUACAGCCUGGAGAAUGAUUGGUGGCAAGUUGAGCAGUUUAGAGAGUAUAUAGAUCAAAUUGGAAGACUGCAUCCCGAGGGUAUAAUUGUGUUAGGAUAUUCGCAAGGCGGACUCUUAGCAAGGGCGGCGAUCCAAAGUCUACCGAAUCACAAUGUGAAAACGUUCAUUUCGUUAUCAUCACCACAGGCAGGCCAAUACGGAACAAGUUUCUUACAUCUCAUAUUUCCGGAUCUUGCAGCGAUAACUGCCUUUGAACUAUUUUAUUCUAAGGUCGGACAACAUACAUCUAUUGGUGGAUAUUGGAAUGACCCACGUAGGCAGUCGCUAUACAUGAAGUAUAGCGAAUUCUUGCCGUUAAUUAACAAUGAAAAGAUUACGUCAAAUUCAACGUCAUUCAAAAUGGGAAUGGUGCGCCUGGAUAAGCUUGUCCUGAUUGGUGGUCCUAAUGAUGGUGUAAUAACUCCUUGGCAAUCGAGUCAUUUUAGUUACUUCAAUGACUCAUUGGACGUGGUUCCUUUUAAUAAGCGAAAAAUAUUUAUGGAUGAUUCGAUCGGUCUGAAAACUUUGCUGGAAGCUGAAAAAUUAAUAAUUAUCGUAAAGCCAUUUGUACAUCAUCUUUCGUGGCAUACAAACCGAAAAGUAAUCAAUCAAGUUAUAAUGCCUUACUUGGAUUAAACAUGCGUGCCAUGGUGCGAGAUGGAGGCUGUGAUUGGAAUAAUGGAUUUUCACUUUUUAACUGAUUUGUGGAUAUUUACAUAUUUAUACUGUGUACAAAGUGAACAAUUAUCUGACAUUACUAAUAUAUGUUAUAAUAAUAAUAGAUUUUACAUAAUUUCUCAUU